GUGUCGCACAAAAUGUUCUCGUAGCCUUUCUUUCUGUCUCUCCAAUUCUGAAUCCUAUUCUUAGCUCUGUUUUUUGCCCCUCCGUCCGUACAUCCUCUGUUUCCCUCUUUCUUCAAUGCCAUCAAGUGCCCUCUUUCCCUUCACCCCUUCUUCAGCCCCCUCACACCCACACAAGCACCUUCUCCUUUAAUUGCCUAACCACCGCGGUCUUAAUUAAAAGGGCGCGCACGCCGCCGCCGCGUGCAUUACCAUAAAAUUUCAGAACUAUGGCAAGCCCAUCUCCACCGCCGGCGACCUCCACCACCUUCACCAUCCUUCUCAUUUUGAUAUCCUUUGAGGUCUUCUCAUCGAAGGCUGCUUCUACAGACGCAGAAGCGCUUCUCAAGUUCAAAGGGUCUCUGGAAAUGAACAAUGAUGUGUUGGGAAAUUGGUCCGCCGGGUCCUCCCCUUGCACCGGCGACAAGGCGAACUGGGUCGGGAUUCUUUGCGAGAAGGGGAAUGUCUGGGGAUUGAAGCUUGAGAACAUGGGGCUCAAGGGUCACAUUGACGUUGAGUCUCUGGAAGGGGUGCCCCAAUUAAGGUCAAUCAGUCUUAUGAAGAAUGACUUUGAUGGGUCUCUGCCGGACGUCAAGAGACUCGGGGCAUUGAAAUCCCUGUAUUUGUCAGGAAACCACUUCUCAGGGGACAUUCCUGGGGAUAAAUUUUCAGGCAUGUUGUCUUUGAAGAAAGUUUAUUUGGCUCAGAACCAUCUGGAGGGGCAGAUUCCUUGGUCCUUGGCUGAGUUGCCACGAUUGUUGGAGCUGAGGCUUGAAGCGAACCACUUUUCUGGCCAAAUUCCUAAUUUUGCACAGAAGACAUUGAAGGUCUUUAAUGUCUCCGGCAAUGAACAACUUCGUGGCUCAAUCCCACGAGCUUUCAGCAACUUCGAUCCAUCCUCCUUUAAAGGCCUUCACUGUUUAUGUGGAAAACCACUUGAUAAGCCAUGCACCACUUCAAAAAUGCCAUCAAUUGCGAGCAUCAUAAUGGUUUCAAUAGCUGUGACAGCGGCUCUACUUGCCAUCGGAGCCGGAAUAGUCAUCCUUAGCCGUCGAAACCAAUCGUCUUCUAAUGAAGAGAAUCCAGCCCACAGCAAAUCUCCAAAUGCUGGUGUGUCAAGUCCAGCAAUCGGGUUGAGGUCACCCGAUCGAGGCUCCAGUCAUGGAAGCGUGGCGGGUAAACGGGCAGCCGAGAGUGCUAAGUUGUCAUUUGUAAGAGAUGAUACAGAGAGGUUUGAUUUAUCAGACUUGCUUAAAGCCAAUGCAGAAAUCCUAGGAAGUGGAUGCUUUGGAUCUUCCUACAAAGCAGCCUUGACCAAUGGACCUGUGAUGGUUGUGAAGAGAUUCAAGCAAAUGAACAAUGUGGACAGAGAGGAAUUCCAAGAACAUAUGAGGAGAAUUGGAAGGUUGAAACACCCCAACUUACUUCCUCUCGUCGCCUACUACUACAAAAAGGAAGAAAAACUUCUCAUUACAGACUAUGUUGAGAAGGGUAGCUUGGCUGUUCAACUUCACGGGCACCAAGCCGUGGGACAACCAGCCAUUGAUUGGCCUUCAAGGUUGAAGAUCAUCAAGGGCGUUGCAAAGGGUCUUCGUCAUCUCUAUGCUGAACUUCCGAGUCUUAUAACCCCACACGGCCAUCUCAAGUCCUCAAAUGUCCUUCUCAAGGCCAAUUUUGAGCCCCUUCUUUCAGACUAUGGCUUGAUCCCGGUUGUGAACCAAGAACACGCCCAAGAGCUAAUGGUGGCUUACAAAUCUCCCGAGUACAUUCAACUAGGUCGCAUCACAAAAAAGACAGACGUGUGGAGCUUUGGGAUGUUGAUCUUUGAGAUUCUAACUGGGAAAUUCCCAGCCAACUUUCUGCGUCAGAGCAAGAGUGGCAGCGAGGAGGAAGAUUUGGCAAGUUGGGUCAAAUCUAUUCCUGAAAAAGAAUGGAUCGGCCAAGUGCUUGAUAAGGACAUGGGGCCAACCAAGAACAGUGAUGGUGAGAUUACGAAGCUACUGAAGAUUGCAAUAGCAUGUUGCGAGAACGACUUCGAGAAGAGAAUGGAUUUGCGAGAGGUUGUGGAGAAGAUCGAGGAGUUGAAAGAAAAAGAUGGGGAUGAAGAUUUCUAUUCAUCAUACGCAAGUGAAGCUGAUAUUAGAUCUUCAAGAGGGUUAUCUGACGAACUCAAUUUCGCCAUAUGAGCUGGUGCUCGAUUUAAAAAGCCUAUAAAGCAACAGUGAGGCCUAAAUGGGAAGACUUAAAUGGCAUGCUAAUUCUAACUGAAAGAGGAGAGGUUGAAGAUGAAGAUAUAAAGUGGAGACAGGGCUUUCCGAUGUAUAGGUUCUGAAGGUAGAACGGCAAAUUAAUGUGUGUUUGCUUUGGCUCCACAAUAGGGAAGUUGGGAUGCAUGAUUGAUAAUUCUCUCCUGGGUGAAAAUCUCUAAA